UAGCUUGCAAAAGUUUUUUUUUCAUUUUCGCGGGGUAUAUGUGAUAUAUUCUAUAAUGUAGCAUUUGUAUAUAUCACAAUAUACAAUAUCAGAAUAAAGUGGGAGAAGGUUUAUUAAGAUAAAGUAACUGAGAAAUGAUAUGUUGUCAAAUGCACACAUAUAUGAGUCUUUAUAUACUUUACUGUACCAUCUGCCAACAAUCGUAAAUUAUAGGUCACUGCAAUGUUAUCAAGUACUAAAAAAAUUUUCUAAUUGAUAUCGCUCCUAAAUUUAAAGCACUUACACUCUUCUUACGUGUUCAUUUUUACGCAUUUUACGCAUUUAAGUAAGGUUAAAUAUUUCCGAAAAUAUUAAAAGACGUAUAAUGGAUAUUCAAAAGUUGGCUAAUGCUACAAUGAAUUUCGAUCAAUCUGCAAUAGAUGGAAAAAUUAAUUCUAUACGUUAUAGAGUUAAUAAAUUGGAAAAUCAUGUUAAAACUGCUUGGUUGGUAAAAGCAAUAGGUUUCAUAGAUUUAACUACUCUAGGAGGUGAUGAUACACCUUCAAAAAUUGAAACUUUGUGUACUAAAGCAGUAAACCCUCUUAAGUUACCAAGUAACUCACAUUUGCAUACUGCAUCUGUAUAUGUAUAUCCCAUGAGAUUUGUAGAUGCAAUGUCUAUAUUGGAAAAACUUGAUAAAGAACAUAAAAUUUCCAGGGCUACUGUUGGCGGAGGAUUUCCAUCUGGACAGUUUCCAUUAGAAACACGUCUUCGUGAAGUAGAAAUAGGUGUUGAACUAGGAGCUGAUGAAAUUGAUAUUGUUAUUAACAGACCAUUGGCUUUGAUGCAACAAUGGAAAGAAUUAUAUGAAGAACUAAAAUCAUUUCGUGUUGCUUGUGGUAACAAAUGUUUGAAAGUCAUACUUGCUACAGGAGAAUUAGGUAAUUUAGAGAAUGUAUAUAAAUCAUCUAUGAUAGCAAUGAUGGCCGGAGCAGAUUUUAUUAAAACAUCUACCGGAAAAGAAGCAAUAAAUGCUACCUUGUCUGCUGGAGUUAUUAUGUGUCAAGCAAUCAAGGAUUAUUACGAAUCCACACAGAGAAAGGUUGGUUUAAAACCUGCUGGUGGUAUUAAAGAUCCACAGGAGGCUUUAGAAUGGAUGAUGUUAGUUGAAAUGGAAUUAGGAGAGGAAUGGCUAUCUAAAGAUUUAUUUAGAAUUGGUGCCUCCAACUUAUUGGACAACAUAGUUGAAGCAAUACAAUCAAAUUAAUCUUUAUUAUUCAUUUAAUCUUUUUCAAAUAGUUAUUGUAAUUUUGUAAUACUUUUAUAUCCAUUUAUUAAAAGAUUUAUAUAUUAU